UUUCUCACCGAAGCCCCUCGCUCCCCAAGCCCAAGCCCGCACGGUCGCGUGCCGUCCCGUCUCGCCCUCGCCUUCUUCCUCCCCUCCUUCCCCCACCGCGCCCGCGACCUCGCCGAAACCCUAACCCUAGCUGAUCUCGCCGGAGAGGCAGAGAUGGGGAAGAAGAAGAAGCGGGUCGAGAAGGUGUUCUGCUACUACUGCGACCGCGAGUUCGACGACGAGAAGAUCCUCGUCCAGCACCAGAAGGCAAAGCACUUCAAGUGCCACGUCUGCCACAAGAAGCUCUCCACCGCUUCCGGCAUGGCCAUCCACGUUCUCCAGGUCCACAAGGAGUCCGUCACCAAGGUUCCUAAUGCGAAGCCUGAUAGGGAAUCGACAGAGAUUGAGAUCUUCGGAAUGCAAGGGAUUCCUCCGGAUGUGCUGGCUGCUCACUAUGGAGAAGAGGAAGAUCCUUCAUCGAAGGUAGCAAAAGUGGAAGUGCCGCAGGUAAGGCCUGUUAUGCCGAAUCCGCUAGGGAUGACAUUUCCUCCACGUCCAGCUUAUGGCGUAGCACGUCCAAUCUAUAAUCCUGCACUGAAUCCUUUGAUGGCCCGACCUCCGAUUUGGCCUGCUCCAUCAGGGCAAGCUUGGUAUCCACAACAAUCAGCAUAUCCACAACAACCAGCAGUUUCAGUUCCUCCAAUGGUUGCUGGACUGCCACCACAACAGCCACUAUUUCCUAUUCAGAAUGUGCCUACUCCUAUGACAUCAGCACCUGCUAAUGUACUUCAGACGUUAUUUCCUAUGGCCCCACCUGGGUUACCUUCACCUGUUGCCCCUCAGGUUUCCCAGCCUUUGUUUCCUGUUAACACUUCCGCUGUAAAUGGAGCAGCAAAUUCCCCAUUUGUAGCAUCUGUUGCACCUGGAACCAUCCCGGCAAGCUCGCCAGCAUCAGUUGCUGCCGCAGGAAUUGGAUAUGGAGCCAAUAACCAAGGCACAGGAGGUCCAGCAGUUGGAUCUCCACCCGCUAUAUCCAAUAAUAAAGCGUCUGGUACCCAACCAGCUACAAAUGAGGUCUAUCUGGUGUGGGAUGACGAGGCAAUGUCAAUGGAGGAAAGAAGGCUGUCUUUGCCCAAGUAUCAGGUGCAUGAUGAAACUAGCCAGGUGGCUGAGGUUCUGCCAAUACGGUAGCAUGUAUUGUAACUUAAUUUUGGUCGAGAAUAUGCCAAGAAUUUUGUUCCAGGUCAGCUUCCAUUUGGCCAGUGAGCCUGAGAGAUGAAGUUCAAAUGCUUGAUUGUUCCUGAGACAUAUAUCAUAUCUAACAUCAUCUUUGUUUUUUCACAAUUUGUGUGGACAGAUGCACUCUGUAGAUGCAGCAAUUGAUCGAAGAAUAUCAGAAAGCCGGCUUGCUGGACGCAUGGCCCUAUGAACUAGCUGGGCCUUACUUGAUAACUUAACCUCGGCAAUUCACCGAUGGACUCACCUGUGCGUGUAUCUCCGUACAGCAGUUGGCCCUAUUCGUCAUUUAGUUAGUGAAUGGAGUUACUGCAGUUAAAAAGAAUGUGUUUAUUCUUACCUGAAGAGUAUUCAGCAUUUGUUCUUCAAUCUUUCCAGCUGUGCGAAGAGGGAAAAAAUGUUUGUCUUUAGAAAUUGUUUUGUCCAUUUGCCACAACACUGGGAAUGUGAUGAUGAAUUGUGGUAAUUUCCUGACGAUUGUAGCCUGAUAUGUUUCUUUCCUGAUGUGUUAAUUACUAGGAAAGCAAACUGAAAAAUGUUACAAGUUUUAAUAUUUUGUUCCUAAGAAGUGUCAA